AUGGCCAGCCCAGAACUGAAAUGGACGCACCCAGAGAAACGCGAGCUCCUCGGCGGCGACCUACUCGCACAGACACUGUCGCAGCUCGGGGUAGAGGUCUCUUUUGGUAUCCACGGCGGACACCUCGACGCCUUCUUGAUUGGCUGCAACCUCGCGGGCAUCAAAUUGAUCGAUACCAGACAUGAGACAACCGCCGUUCAAGCGGCCGAAGGCUAUGCCAAGGUCUCUGGGAAGGUCGGCUGUGCCUUUGUGACUGCUAAUAGUGGAUUCUGCAAUUCCAUACCAGGCCUAGCAACCGCAUUCGCAGACCGCUCGCCAGUGUUCGUAGUGACAUCCUCGCCACCACUGCGCGACGCUGAGACGAACUGUCUACAAGGUUUUCACGACCAGGUGGUGCUAGCAAAGCCAUUGACCAAGUUCGCACACCGGGUGACCAAUGUGGAGGAGAUCCCACGGAUCACCGCGUACGCGUUCAAGACUGCCAUGUCCGGCAUUCCAGGGCCAGUCGUGGUCGACUUCCCUAUCGAUGUGCUAUUCCAUCCGCCUCGGAUGAGCGCCAUCGCGUAUGGAUCCGUCAUGCGGGCUCCCGCCGCGGCGCCGGGCCCAGAUCCUGCGAGUGUAGAUGAACUGGUCCAGCUGUGGAAGGCUGCGGCCAGACCAGUCAUUAUAUCUGGGACGGGGGCCGCGAGGACGACAACGAGAGGCGAUGGCGCCACUACCAAAAGCCCUCUGCUCGACCUCGCCAAUGCGACCAGCACUCCGGUCUUCUACUCGCAGAAAUACGCACCGGCGCUCCCACACUCGCAUCCCCUGCGUGGCGGCCCGGCCGGAAGCCUGGCAAUGCUACCAUACAUAGGCAAACAGCAGCCCGACCUAGUCCUCCUCCUAGGCGCUCGGACGGGGUUCCUCCUCGGCGGCCGCUCCGGCGCUAUCAUUCCCGCGAGCAGCAGCGGGUGCAAGCUCGUCCAAGUGGACAUUGACGGGGCCGAGAUCGGGAAAUCCCAACCCGUGGAUCUCGGCAUCGUGUCGGACGCAAACAACUUCAUCAGCGCACUACUCACCAAGCUUCAAGCCUCCUCGGACGGAGAAGGCGCAGGAAUCGGCAAACACGAGUCCUGGAUCCAAGACAUAUCCGACCUGAAAAGCACGCCCUCGCCACACGCCUCGGACCCGGAGAAGAACGCCAGCGACGGGCGCCUGCACCCAUACCAUACGAUCCGCGCAAUCUACUCCUCCAUCCCUGCAGGCUCGAUCAUCAUCCUCGACGGCGGCGAAGCGUCCGUGUGGGCAUCCGAGAGCAUGGAGCUCGCGCGGCCGUCCGCAGGCAUCGUGAGCACGGGGUACCUGGGCUUCCUGGGCAACGGAUGGGGCUACAGCCUGGGGGCGGCGGUGGCGGCAGGGCCCGACACGCUGGUGCUCAACGUCCACGGCGACGGCUCCGCCGGCUUCCACAUCCAGGAGCUCGACACGUACGCGCGGCACAACCUCAACAUCGUGACAGUCAUCAUGAACAACUACGUGUGGGGCAUGAGCAUCGCCGGCCAGGACAUCAUCUACGGGAGCGAAGACCCCGCGCGCAUGGUGUCGAGCCUCUCGGAGGCGACACACUACGAGGUCGUCGCACAGGGGUUCGGCUGUCAAGGCGCGAUCGCGAGCGAGAGCAUCGACGAGGUGAAGACCAAGGUCAAGGAGUUGGUGGCCGCCAAGGGCCCGGGCCUGCUGAAUGCCGUUAUCUCGAAGAGUCCGGUCACGAUGGUCACGAAGGCGAUGGUCGGCAAGACGGACGACAAGAACGUCAUUGUCGUGCCGUAUUAUGAUAACGUGCCUAGGCCGUAUUAUCGGACGGAUGAGCUGAAGAAUGGGCAUUAG